CUUCAAAUUGGCUGGAGCUGUUCAGGGAGACAGAGCCUGCAGGAACUCAAGAGCUCAGCGCCAAGGAGAAGCCCCUUCCAGAGUGGGACACAGAAGAAAUGGGGAGCAAAAUGAAGAGAGAGCUGCUGUGUGUACUGCUGCUUUGUGGACUGGCUUUCCCAUUGCCUGACCAGGGAAUGCACGGGAGGUUCAGAAGAGGAGCCCGGUCCUACAGAGACUGGAAUAGCAGUGUUCUGUCGCUGAAACCCUACAAUGCAAGGAGGCCAAAUGCCAUCAAGCUGGGUCUUGGGAAUCACAAUUACUGCAGAAACCCAGACCGAGACUUGAAGCCCUGGUGCUAUGUCUUUAAGGCAGGGAAGUAUACCACGGAGUUCUGUAGCACGCCAGCUUGCCCUAAGGGUGAGUAUCUUAGUUUGGGUUUUAUUGCUGUGAAAAGACACCAUGANCAAGGCAACUCUUANUUCCUUCUAUCAGGAUUCUAUGCCAUGACUAAAAACCUCAAACUCUUCUACAGGAAUCCAGAUGGUGAUGCCAGACCUUGGUGCCAUGUGAUGAAGGACCGAAAGCUGACGUGGGAAUACUGUGACAUGUCCCCAUGCUCCACCUGUGGCCUGAGGCAGUACAAACGGCCUCAGUUUAGAAUUAAAGGAGGACUCUACACAGACAUCACCUCACACCCUUGGCAGGCUGCCAUCUUUGCCAAGAACAAGCGGUCUCCCGGAGAGAGGUUCCUUUGUGGAGGGGUGCUGAUCAGUUCCUGCUGGGUGCUGUCAGCUGCCCACUGCUUUCUAGAGAGGUUCCCCCCCAAUCAUCUUAAAGUGGUCUUGGGCAGAACAUACAGGGUGGUCCCCGGAGAGGAAGAGCAGACAUUUGAGAUUGAAAAAUACAUAGUCCAUGAGGAAUUUGAUGAUGAUACUUAUGACAACGACAUCGCAUUACUGCAGCUGAGGUCACAGUCCAAGCAAUGUGCCCAGGAGAGCAGCUCUGUUGGCACUGCCUGCCUCCCUGACCCCAACCUGCAGCUCCCUGACUGGACAGAGUGUGAGCUUUCUGGCUAUGGCAAGCAUGAGGGUGACUCGGGAGGCCCUCUGGUGUGCAUGAUCAAUAAACAGAUGACACUGACGGGCAUUAUCAGCUGGGGCCUCGGCUGUGGGCAGAAGGAUGUGCCUGGGGUCUACACAAAGGUUACCAAUUACCUAGACUGGAUUCACAACAACAUGAAGCAAUGACAAAGAAAGCCCAGCUCCUUCAAUCCAGAGGAGGACCUGCCUUCCUCUUCCUCUUCUACAGAAGAUGCGCCUAAAAGGCCAAGCAUUCUUUACACCGUCAUCUUCGUGAGCUGCCACUCNGGAGGGGGAGGGGGUCUUUGGGAGCAGAUGUAGCAUUUACCUGUGACAGGUACGUCACAACUUGUAAGUUUUAAGGACGAAGGUCUGGCUUUAGAAUAAAUCCUGUCAGAUGAGAUGACCGGGAGAUGCCAACCUUCCUAUAACUCUAGGAUUUUAAAAAGAGAGAGAGGUGGACCAAAGUCCGCCCUCCUGGUCCACUAUGUUGUACACUGAACCACAAGAUCAUGUCUCNACAGCAAAAAAAUACAACUUGAUCUUUCAGGAGUUUGCACUGGGAACAAGAAUGUGUUUUUAUAGUUACACAGGGGGCCCCACAGGGCCUCCACGAGAAGGAAGGGGUGUCUGACCAAAUCACAGCGCCAUAAAACCCUUGAGAUCACGUAUUCCCCAUCCCUCCACACUCCUCAACUCUUGGGACAUAUCCCUUUGUAUACAGUGUAAAUGUCUUUUUCUUUAUAAACUCUAUAGAUGGUUGGAAGAACUGUAUGAUUUUAAUAAUUGAUAAAUAACACUAGUAUAUUUAUAUAUUAAUCUAUUUUAGUUUUUACUUUGUUACUAUAACUUUGUAUUAUACUGUACUUAAA